AUGGAGACGUUCUACAAUGGACUUAAUGGGCAAACUUGGACCAUAGUAGAUGCUUCAGCCAAUGGUGCUAUUUUGGCAAAGACGUACAAUGAGGCCUAUGAGAUUUUGGAACGGAUGGCUAAUAACAACUAUCAAUGGCCUACGGAGAGAGCAGCUACGGCUAGGAGAGUAGCAGGAGUGCAUGAGGUGGAUGCAGUGACCGCUUUAACCGCUCAAGUAUCAUCCUUGGCAAGUAUCUUGAACUCAAUGAACCAAGGGGUGAAUUCUCCUCAGUUUACAGUAGUCUCUUGUAUUUACUAUGGUGAAGGGCAUCUCUUUGACAAUUGUCCAUCCAAUCCGGAAUCAGCAUGUUAUGUGGGUAACUUCAACAAAAACCACAAUCUGUAUUCCAAUACUUAUAACCUAGGUUGGAGGCAACACCCAAAUUUUUCCUGGAACUCUCAAGGGCAGAAUGUAGCAUCGUCUUCAACAGCAACCUGCCCUCAACAUCCCCCUGGAUUUCCACAACAUCCGAGACAUCAACCAGCAGAACAACAUUCAUCGAUGGAGCACUUAUUGAAGGAGUACAUGGCAAAGAAUGAUGCCAUUAUUCAAAAUCAGUCAGCACUGAUUCAGAACCAAGCAGCUUCAUUAAGAAACUUGGAGAAUCAAGUGGGGCAGUUAGCUAAUGCCUUGACAAGUCACCCUACAGGCGCACUCCCAAGUAAUACCAAAGAUCCUAGGCGUGAAGAACCUACAGCAAAACAUACACCAACGCUGCAACAAAGUUUGGCAAAAAAGCAGAAUGAUAGACCACCGCCACCUUUUCCUCAAAGAUUUCAAAAGCAGCAGCAAGAUAAGCAGUUUAAAAGGUUUCUAGAUGUCUUGAAGCAACUCCAUAUAAACAUUCCAUUGGUGGAGGCGUUUGAGCAAAUACCUAGUUAUGUGAAAUUCAUGAAGGACAUUCUUUCAAAGAAAAGAAGACUUGGAGAAUUCGAAACAGUGGCAAUGACGGAAGAAAGCAGCUCCAUCUUGCAUAAUAAAAUCCCUCCAAAGUUAAAAGGUCCUGGGAGUUUCACCAUCCCACGUGCUAUUGGCAAUAACUACUUUGGCAAGGCUCUCUGUGAUUUAAGAGCAAGCAUAAAUCUUAUGCCUAUGUCAAUUUUCAAGAAGCUUGGAAUCGGGGAAGCAUGGCCAACCACAGUAACUCUUCAAUUGGCUGAUCGAUCUCUAGCUCAUCCAGAAGGAAAAAUUGAAAAUUUCCUGGUGAAAGUAGACAAGUUCAUCUUCCCCAUUGAUUUUAUUAUUUUAGAUUAUGAAGCUGACAUGGAGGUGCCCAUCAUUUUGGGGAGACCAUUCCUAGCUAUAGGGAGGACAUUAAUAGAUGUUCAAAAAGGGGAGUUAACAAUGAGAGUCAAUGAUGAGCAGGUCACUUUUAAUGUUCUCAAAGCAAUGAGAUUUCCUGAUGAAGUGGAAGAAUGCUCUGUGGUGAAUGUAAUGGAUACUAGUGCUUUAAAGGGGCUGGAGCAAGAGUUGGAAGGAGAAAUUUCAUAA